GGGAGGGAUGUAAUAUUUUCUAAAUGCGGGCGGUGCAUGAGUGUGAGUGCAUGCUACCUUUGAUGCAAUGAAUUCAAUUUUCGAGUUUUACACACAUAGACAACAAAAUAGAGUCGUUCAAACUGCUCCCCGAUCGAUGCAACAAGUUCCGUGUUUGUCUGCUCUAACGCUGAAAUUCCCAGAUUUGUAUAAACAUUUGCCCACGUUUAAGGAAGCUGAAACAUCUCCAAUCCCCCAUUCCAUGUAUAUAUCCAUUCUCACACUCUCCCCACUUUGCCGCCAAAACAACAAAGAACUGCUCGCUUUACUGAAUCAACAUGGACGGCUUAUUCGAGUUUUUGCAAGAUACAGCGAUUGGGUAUGCAAUCUUUGAUCUGUUAAUGUAUUCUACGCCGCUCUGGUUAGCGGUUGUGGUCGGAUUGUUGGCGGGUUGGGCGUGGAAGCCGAAUUGGGCUAAGCUGGAUGGUGCUGUAAAUUGGGUUUCCUCGAUAAUGCCGUCGUCUUCGUUUCCGUGGUUUUCUAGCUUCCCAGUGGAGUUAGGUUCAGUUCAGAAUUUGACGAACUUUCAAUUGCCGAGUUUAAUUACUUGGAGUGAUGAGAAUGAAACUCCGGAAGUCACCCCUGUACAGAGAGCAUUGCAACCAAGUGUAGCAAAACCUUACAUAUUAACUGAGAAAGACCUUCUUGAAUUACACCAAUUGCUUGAAGAAGAGAUUGAUGGACCUUGUUGGGUUAAGGUGUUGGAACGGUCUGAUACCAACAUAAGGUUCAAAGGUCAUCGUAGGAACUCUAAGGUCAUCAUAUCUUUUUCUUGAUCAGCAGGAUUUUUUAUUUUAUAUAUUGUAUGAUUAUCCAUGCACCUUUUUCUGAUAUGUUUUUUUGUACUUGUAUUUUGCUUACCUGCCCCUUCUUCAGAAGGGCCACUUGAUGUAUAGAACCAUAACUAUACACGAGGAUAUUACACCUGAAAUCCUCAGGGAUUUCUAUUGGGAUGAUGAGUUCAGAUCCAACUGGGAUGCAAUGCAUUUCAAAUCCGAUCUCUUGGAGGAGUGUAAAGAGACUGGAGCUAUGCUAGUUCACUGGAUUCGCAAAGUAUGGUGCCUAUCCUCUUUACCUUACUAAUUAUUGUAAUUUCUUUAUUUAGCAAUAGUGAUUACUGAUUUAAUAGAUCAUUUUUUAUGAAUCUUUAUUCUACUUUGCAUAGUUUCCCGUUGUCGCUUGUUAUAGAGAUUACACAAUCGCUCGUCGGAUUUGGCAGUUAGGCGAUUCUUAUUAUUGCAUAUGCAAGGUAAAUUCAAGGUUUAUCUUGCAGUACAUAAUAGCCUGAAUUCUGAAUGUAAAAAUGAUUGAAUCCUAUUUCUUUAUUCUUUUGCAUUCAUAUAAACGACUCCCCAAUAGGCAACAGGCAUCAAAGAUUUCUAUAACUAUUGCAAUAUAAGUUGUUAAAUCAGUGAGUACUUGACGAGUUCUAGCUAAUGCUAUGAGUAUCCUCCCUAGUGUGUGCUCUGCUAGUCUGCUGCUGUUUUUCUUGACUCGGCUGCUGUUUUCUUGACUCGUCGAUCAUUUUACUCUGUCAUAACUAGGUUGAGGAUAUCCUUGACUUGGUAAAAAAUAAUUUAGGCAAAGGGAUACUACAAAUAUCGACCCAGAAGAUGAUUAUGAAAUAAGAUAUGAACAUUUUAAGAACUUUUGGAUUGAGUGGCUCAGUGGCGCAAUCUGGAUAAUUGCAAUUAGACUCUUAGAAGUUGGUUUGGAUGGUUGGGUCUAGUUUAAAUGUUUUCUUAAUAAUUCUAGCAGUCGCAGAUUAUAUUUUUGGCUUUAUUUACAUGUGAGCCUGACUAAUAUUAUUAGAAUAUGUAUUACAUACACACACAGACAUACACACAUUAAUGUUACUACAGCACGACUGAUCAUUCUUAAUAGCUGCUUGACAUUUGACUAAGUAGCUAUUGAUAAUGCAUUAACAAUUUAAGGGCCAAUGGACCAAAAAUAAUUAGUUUGUAUGUGGUACAUCCGGAUGUGCCAUAAUCAUACAUCUAACCAGGUAAAAUAAACACACGAGUAUUUUAGAAGAAAAGAAGCAACUGUCCUAUGCAAAUGAGCAUGCUUUAACGAACUAUGAUCAAAAUAAAUAGAGCAUGAACAUGAGUAGGCUGAAAAGGUAAUCAACAUUCUUUAAAGGAAAUCAUGAGCAACAUCAAAAAAAUUACAAAAAUGCCUCCUGAUUUUCAUACAUUUUGUCAUUUUGAUGUACUGCAGACCUGCAGUAUAUGCAAGUAUAAAUAAGCGCAUGGAUAUCUAACCACUCAUAUCUUACCCUUUAUAUUGAAGCUUAUGCUCUGUAUUAAUUUAUUACACAAUGCAAUUUGUCAGGGUGUGCCUUGUACUUAUAUCACCAGGAGAGAAAAUGCAAAAAAAGUUGAUGAAUUUUGGUCAAGUUGGCGUAUUCAACCUGGUAUUUAUAACACUUUUUUGUUGGUAGCUCAUAAAUCUUGUGUAACUAUAUAAACUGGUGCAUUGCUUUUUGCUCUAAAUUAUGGUAAAACUUGCAAUAUUACUGUGGUUAAUGUGAAACUUAUGCAUGCAGCUAAAUCAGAAAGAGAUGGGCAGUUGAGUGCAAGUGAGAUCACACUCUUCCAUUACGAGGAUAUGGGAAUGCCCAGGGGGAUCGCAAAGUUUGGAGUUGAGAAUGGCAUGUGGGGAACCGUCAAGAGGAUUGACCCCGGGCUGCGAGCUUAUCUCAAGUACCGAGCAUCUGAUCCCCCACUUUCCCGAUAUGUUCUGUUGGCUCAUAUAAACACUAAGCUUACUAGUCUUCCUUGCACUCUGCUUCAAUUCCUUGAGAAGCAAGAUGGUUCCACUAGUAGUUCUUCAUCUGAAGUGGAAACUAAUAAAUGUUCCUCCCACAAUAAACCAGCUGCUGCAGCAUCACCAGAUGUUAUGAUUUCAAAGUUGGUCGUCUGCGUUGGAGCUUUAGCCCUUGCUUGUAGCUUCGAUCGGGGAUUCUUGAUGAAGGCACUCAUAUUUGGGGUUCCGAGAAGGCUUGUGCGUCGGAGUCGAAGGGUUGCAUGAUGAUCGAUUAGAUGUAGCUGACAUGUUUGCAUUUCCAUGCAGAAUUGAAGGGUCGCCUUUUAUAGAACCUAAAUUAAUAAAAAUGUAUCCGGCCAGUGCACAUUGUACGCUUUAAAUAAUAGUAUGUUUCCUCAUUCCAGUUCCUGACUGAAAAGCUUAUGCACUGGCUUCUUAUUAUCUUAUACUCCUACAUACAUUUCCCCUUGGUAAAAGAUCAAACUUACAUAACAUUUGGUCAUCUUCUCAAUUAACUAUAGUUAGGUAAACGGUUUCAUC